CACUCUCCUUCUCCUGAUCAUCUUCCAACGGAUAACCCCAAUGGCUGCCUCCACCACCCCAAUUCUCUCACCCGCCACCGCGACCACCACCACCUCUCUAACGCACCAAUCCCUCCACUUCUUCUCCAAACUACCCAUCCCUGGCUUCGCUUCCAAAAACCACAGACCAAUAACCAAGCUCCACGUCUCCUCCCCAACCAACAAGCCCACCAUCCCGGCCUCCACCUCCAAAAGGCCCGCCGAAGAGACCAUAUUCUUCGACGGUGGAGCCCACUACGGUGAUCUUCUAGCCAACCUUCUUCUGGGUUUCACUCUGCUUUGGCUACCUUUGACUUUGGCAGCGGUUUCAAGGGCAUUCAAUUUGAGGUACAGGUUCACCAACCUGCGAGUGUCAGUGAUUUCGGGAUUGACGGGUCAGGAUAGGAGUGAUUUUUCGUACAAUGUGAUCAAGGAUGUCCAGGUAGUGCCUCGUUUCAUCGGUGAAUGGGGCGACAUUGUCAUCACUCUGAAGGACGGCACCAAGGUGGACCUUAGAAGCGUGCCUAAGUUCAGAGAGAUUGCCAAGUACUGCCUCGCUAUGGCUGAGAAGCCAGUGGUUUUGAAGGAACAAGGGCCUAAAGGGUUCAGUAGUGGUGGGCGAGAGUGAUCCCCUUUUCUUUUCAGAGAAGCGAGUGUAUGCACCCCCGUGGGGCGACUACGUGGCCCACAUCUCUUUCAAGAUAGGUGUAAAGUCGCAUGAAAGGGGGUGACUUAUGGAUGCAAGAGGUGGCCUUGUCGUGAAUGCAUGCACGACCAACCCCCUGUUGUGCGGAGUUUUUUAAACUGAUGUGUUUCGUAUAUGUAAUAUUGUCUUUCAAGUAAAGUGCUUAAUUA